AUGGGCAAGCUCAGUCCCUGGAUCUGUCUGCCUUCACUUCCUGGACCCAAAAAGAGUCAAAUGCCCUUAAUUCUAGGUACUACUUUAGCAUCUACUGUUUUUAUGGUACUUGCAACUGGGAUAGCCUUGUACAUAAUUAAGAAAGUCAAGAAUAUGGAUGUGACUGAGGCUUGGGAGCAUGAUAUUGCCCCACAUAAAGUUUCCUACAAGGAGCUCAAGAAAGCCACGAGUGGUUUUAGAGACAAGGAACUACUUGGGUUCGGUGGAUUUGGCCGAGUUUACAAAGGAACUUUGCCUAAUUCUAAUACCCAAGUUGCUGUGAAGAGAAUAUAUCACGAUUCCAAGCAGGGUUUACGUGAGUUUGUUUCAGAUAUUGAAAGCAUAGGACGGCUCAGGCAUAGAAAUUUGGUUCAGUUACUGGGAUGGUGCCGCAGAAGAGGUUAUCUGUUGCUUGUUUAUGACUUUAUGCCUAAUGGAAGCUUAGAUAAGUUCUUAUUCGAUGAACUGGAAAUGAUUUUAACUUGGGAACAGAGCUUAAAGAUCAUCAAAUGCGUGGCUUCUGGACUCCUCUAUUUACAUGAAGAAUGGGAACAAACUGUGAUUCAUAGGGAUAUAAAAGCAGGCAAUGUGCUGUUAGACUCAGAAUUAAAUGGCAGGCUUGGGGACUUUGGACUUGCAAAGCUAUAUGAGCAUGGUGCAAAUCCAAGCACAACAAAUGUUGUGGGCACGUUGGGAUAUUUAGCCCCUGAACUAACUAAGACUGGCAAGCCAGCAAUAAGAACAGAUGUGUUUGCGUUUGGUGCACUGUUGCUGGAAGUUGUGUGUGGGAGGCGGCCUAUUGAGGCAAAAGCAUUGCCAGAGGAAUUGAAUUUGGUGGAUUGGGUGGGGGAUAAGUGGAAACAAGGGGCAAUACUUGAGGUGGUGGAUCCAAGACUAAGAGGAGAUUAUGAUGAGUCAGAGGUUAUAGUGGUAAUAAAGCUGGGAUUGAUUUGCUUCGACAAUAAUCCCGACAAUAGGCCUACCAUGAGUCAGGUGGUUAGGUACUUGCAUGGAGAAGUGGCAUUGCCACAAGUGUUGGUUGCUCCUGAUGAAUACAAUGUCAGGAAGCUUGACAAUGGUGACAGAUUGGAGGAUUUUGUGCAUUCAUAUCCAUCAUCAUCAUACUUUGAGAGGGUAAGUGCAGGGUCCUCAGUUUAUGAGGGCGAGGGGGAUGUUGAUCGUGAAGCUGCUUCAUGUAGAGUGGAUGGCAGUUGGACGUUGAUGAGGUCAAAAACCUCCCCUGCCCCUGGACUUCUCCCCACUGGAUCUCAACUCCUGCAAGACAGCACGCAGGCAAGUUUUAGGCAGGGAUGUGUUAUUUGCAUUUCGUAA